UUCCUUCUUUCCCAAAAGAUGUUGACCAAAGAAUCUACGCGGCGAACUCUGCAAUCCGAACCAUUCCCAUAAUUAACCCAUCACAACUCUCUGCAUCUAUCAAUAGAAAUUAGAGUCGAAGGUAAAGCGAGGGUGGAUUGUCGGAAGGCAUACGAUCCCUUCUUCCUCAUCUCUCCUUCCCUAGCGAACUCCACCUUCCUUCCCAACAAUUCAAGCGCGUUUCCUUUCGAGAGAAAAAAAUUCGUUUUUUUCUUGAUUUUGGUUCUUCCCUUGGAAUCGGGAAUUGGUUCCGAUGUCCGGUACUGCAGCUAUUGCUUGCAGGAGAGCAGGGGCGGCGCUUCGAUUGUCUAGGAGAUCAGGGUGGUCGACGUCCACGGGCGGUGGCGCCCCUUUCGGUUGCUCGGCUCGGUCCAUUUCUUCUUCGCAGCUCGUGAAGACGAAUGGAAAGAGGGCUUUCCUCGUCGACACCUUGGCGUUGGUCAGAGGGUUGGAGGCGCAAGGCAUCCCCUCGAAGCAUGCGGAGGCCAUCACGUCCUCCAUCACGGAGGUUUUGAAUCAUAGCCUGGAAAGCGUGGCCCAAUCCUUUGUCUCCAAGGCGGAGAUGCAGAAGAGCGAGUUGAUUCAAGACGCGAAUCUCUCCAAGUUCAAGUCGGAAAUACAAAGCUCCCAAGAGCAUCAUUUCUCUUCAUUGCAACGCGAAACUGAAAAGCUUCAUGCUGACAUCGAAAAAAUGCACAGUGAGCUCAGGUAUGAGAUUGACAAAGUCACUGCGGGCCAACGCUUGGAUCUAAACCUUGAAAGGGGGCGCAUCCGUGAUGAACAAGCGAAGCAGAAUGCUGAAACGACUCUCAUCACUACCAAGCUUGACCGGGAAAUUCAUGCAUUGAGGGCCCAGUUGGAGGCAGCGAAAUAUGAGGUGAUAAAAUACUGCAUCGGAACUGUUGUUUCCAUAUCUGCUGUUGGCCUUGCCGUUCUCCGCAUUUUGAUGUAAAGGCAUUUCUUUUUUUCAUCUGGCAAAUGAGACCGGAAGAAAAUUGUUUUUUCUAUCAAAAAGUUGUAAAAUUUGGUAGAAAAAAAGGUUGUUAGUGUUCUUACAAAUGGGGGAUGAAAAAUCAAACAUAUUGGAUUGCUUCAUCUGUAAUUCUUAUUCACAAAGAAAUAUUUAAUUCAUUUGUCUGUAGUUUAUUUGAUGUCACUCAAAUACAUACUCUUUU